AGGCGGCAGCACAUAGGGCCACAAGCUUUACGGCCGCCAUGUACCGUUCCCGCUUCCUUCGGGUGCGUUGCCGCCUUUCCCGCGCCUAUAAAAUGGCGCCUCGCCUCGCCCUUGCCUCUCAACUUGGACGCCCGUUUCAAGCCUCAGCUCGAUAGUAAAACAGAAGAAGCUGAGGUUUCUUGCCAUGGCAACUCCUGAUGACUGUGGUAGCUGGCUGCUGUACCUUUCGCUGGCCGCCAAAUGCGGCGGCGGUCAGCCGCAUCGCCUCGCCGGUUUCCUGGUGGUUUGUUCUGUCGCCGGCCUCGUCACUUGCCUCCUCCACUGGUGCUUCCCGGGAGGACCUGCGUGGGGUAAGUGGUGGUGGACGCGGCGGGCUCUGCGGCUCGGAGGCAAGGCCGUGCCGGGGCCCAGGGGACUGCCGGUGAUCGGGAGCAUGUGGCUCAUGACCGGCCUGGCGCACCGCAACCUCGCGGCGGCGGCCGAGAGCCUGCGCGCGCGUCGGCUGAUGGCGUUCUCCCUCGGCGAGACGCGGGUGGUGGUGGCCGCGCACCCGGACGUGGCGAGGGAGAUCCUCAACAGCCCGGCGUUCGCGGACCGGCCCGUGAAGGAGUCCGCGUACGGGCUCCUGUUCCACCGCGCCAUCGGGUUCGCGCCCCACGGCGCGUACUGGCGCGCGCUGCGCCGCGUGGCGUCGACGCACCUCUUCUCCCCGUGGCAGGUCUCCGCCUCCGGUGCGCAGCGCGCGGUGAUCGCGCGCCAGAUGGUCGGCGCCCUGGCGGGCGCGUCGGCCACCGGCCGCGACGUCCAGGUCCGCAGCGUCCUGCGGCGCGCGUCUCUGCACAACGUGAUGUGGUCGGUGUUCGGCCGGCGGUACGACCUGGAGCUGGACCCCAGCAAGGAGAGACCGGAGGCACGGGAGCUGAGGGGCCUCGUGGACGAAGGCUACGACCUGCUGGGUCAGCUCAACUGGUCCGACCACCUCCCCUGGCUCGCGCGCUUCGACCUGCAGAGCAUCCGGGCCAGGUGCUCGCGCCUCGUCCCACGCGUGAACCGCUUCGUCGGCGGCAUCAUCGACGAGCACCGCUCGGCUUCACGCACCGCCAUGGACUUCACCGACGUCCUGCUCUCGCUGCAAGGCGACGACAGGCUCGCCGACUCCGACAUGGUCGCCGUUCUCUGGGAGAUGGUGUUUCGUGGCACGGACACUGUGGCCGUGCUGAUCGAGUGGGUCUUGGCCAGGCUCGUGCUGCACCCUGACGUGCAGGCCCGCGUCCACGACGAACUGGACCGCGUGGUCGGACCUGACCGGGCCGUGACCGAGUCGGACUCGGGGUCACUGGUCUACCUCCACGCUGUGAUCAAAGAAGUGCUCAGGCUCCACCCGCCGGGCCCACUGCUCUCGUGGGCGCGCCUGGCCACGUCUGACGUACACGUGGACGGGUUCCUCAUCCCUGCUGGCACCACUGCUAUGGUGAACAUGUGGGCCAUCACGCAUGACCCUGACGUGUGGGCCAAUCCCACGGAGUUCCGCCCCGACCGGUUCGCUGGAGCAGCCAAGUUCCCUGUGAUGGGGUCGGAUCUUAGGCUCGCGCCGUUCGGGGCCGGCCGGCGGAGCUGCCCCGGGAAGAGCCUCGCCAUGGCCACUGUGGCAUUCUGGCUCGCCACGCUGCUGCACGAGCUCGAACUGCUGCCCUCGCCCGACCCGGCACGUGGCGUCGACCUGUCGGAGGUGCUGAGGCUGUCGUGCGAGAUGUCUGCCCCGCUGGCGGUGACGGUGAGACCUCGGCGAGCGGUGUGAUGACGUGGACGGAGGCCUCGCUCUACCGUACGCUUACCGCCUUACUGCUGCCGCUACUUUUUAGAGAUGUUGUUGCUACCGGUCAGCUUGCGAGUUGCUACUACUCGACCUGGGUGUAUGCUUGUCGUGUUCUUAUCUUUUAUAGAUGUAUCAACCAGGUGCUGAAUGUGAUAUUUUGGUUUUGUACUGUUC